AUGGCAUCGCAACAAGAAGCACCUGAAAUGACCCCAGUAACCUCUGACUGUAAAAAAAGAAAAAGAAGAAAAAAUUUCAGUGCUGAAGAAGAGAAUGCAAUUCAGGCAAUGUUUCAAGAAAAUGCUGAGAUCCUUAAUAAAAAAUUCAGCAAUGAGGUCACUAACAAGGGCAAGGCUGCAAUCUGGCAGAAAAUAACAGAUUGUGUAAACAACAAAGGCGUUUGCUUCCGUACUGUCGAUCAAGUCAAGGAAAAAUGGGGAAACAUGGCCCAAAAAGCAAAAAAGACAUUCAGUAAUUACAAGAUGCAGCAAAGGAAGACGGGGGGAGGGCCGCCACCCCUAGAGAUGAGCCAGGCAACGGCAACCAUCAUAGAGUCCAUGAAGGAUACAGCCUCUUUCAGCGGCGUUCCUGGAGGGAUGGAGACUGAAAUAAGCCCAUGUGAAACAGUCAAUCUUGAAGAUAUGGAAGCAAUGGAAUUAGUAUCUUUUUCUACAAAUAAUCAGCAAACUAUUUCAACUGAUCCUGAAUCUGGCGUCAAACUACCAGCAUCACCCAUGGAUACACCAAUUGAAUGUUCUAAAAUUCCACCAUCAAGCAGGCAAGAUGAAGUGCAGACAGAGAAGAUCCAGGGCAGACUGAGAAAAUCCAGGAAGACUAAGCACAGUAAUGAUGAUGUACUCCAUAUGCAGUACCAGGUCUUAGCAGGAGAGAGAGAGAACCAGAGUCUGAAAAAAGAAAAACUGAUAUUAGAGAAGCAGAGGUUGAAACUACAGAUUGAACUACUUCAUCGCCUGUUGGCUCAGAAUGAUUUGGACAUUAACCUUAAUCCAACACAGCUUCUGAUGUCUAUGCUGCAUUAA